AAGCGGUCAUUUACCGGCAACAUUUCUUGUCCAUCAGGUAUCCAUGGUAGACUAGUUCAUUCUUUGCAACACCUAACACUCCCACACAUACACACACUCACUCUACGGUGACAUCACUGGAGUUUCCCUUGCCUAAAACCUCUGGAUAGAAACACACGUAUAUAUACCUCAGGCAGAACUACUCUGACCAUCAAACCACCAACAGACAAGCUCCAGCCAAGGAACUACAGUACAGAAAGAAUGGCCCAAGACAUGAAGAGCACUGUUGUGGAGGUUGGGCUGCAGGGAGCUGGAGCCGUGGAGGAGCAGACAAAGAUGACGGGCGCCUCACGGCCCUCAAAGAGCUGGAAGAUUGGUAUGGCUCUACUGGCCAUAGGACUGUGUGCUGCUUCUGCCAUCUUCUUCACAAUCCACAACCAGAAAUGGGACAUUACUGACGGAAGCAAAGCUCUGAAACACACUUUGAGACAAGUAUCACACAUGGGACACUCAGGGCACAAAAAAAUGGCCAUCCAUCUGGAAGGAGAGUACAGUCACUCUCUGAGUACUGUGGAAUGGAGAAAUGGCAGUGGCUCGGCUUUUCACAGGGGUGGGUUGAAAGUGGUCGACAACGAGAUUGUCGUUCCCGCGAAUGGCCUGUACUUCGUCUAUAGCCAGGUGUCCUUCAACAUCAAAUGCCACACCCAGUCGCAGAGUCUGGCCGAGACGGUCUACCUGAGCCACAAGGUCAAGUGCAAGUCGCCGGCUCACGGGACGGAGAGGUGGCUGCUGAACACUCUGCGCUCAAGCUGCGAGCGCGUACGGGCGCAGGAGGACAGUGGAGAGCUCUGGUACGACGCCAUUAACCUGGGAGCUGCUUUCAGCCUGCAAGAGGGCGAUCGCUUGAGCACCUUCACAGGGCCGGACCAGGAGCUACCCCACGUGAAGAGUGACAGUGGGAAUACCUACUUUGGAGUGUUUGCUGUCUGAGGUACAUGUGUGUGCACGAGGGUGAACGUGUGUCUUCUACCAUCCCAAUCGUGGUCCAUCUACGUAUAUCAUAUGUACUGUACAUUAUGGCACCAUAUGUAUAUCAUCUACAAUUUUGUUUAUUUCACAUCUCAAUUCACUGUAUCAGUGCAGCAUGUGUAUGUUUACUGUGAGAGGAUAUGGAGCCGAAACAUGAAGUAUGCGGGAUCCUUACAGUGAAAAUUCUUACAUUUAUUUUAAAAAAAAAGGCACACUGAAGAGCUGAUUUUCACCUGAUAAUGAAUGUUCUUUUGAGUUUCGGAUUGAUUUUCUACC